GGUGGAUCUGAAGAGAAUCAGAACUUAGUGCGCUUUCAUAAGCUUUUUGUAACUGCUGUGUAUUCAAAAUGAAAUUUCUAUUGGCUUUAAUGGUGGUUGUGGGUGCAACAUCUGCCGAUGUGAACAGCUUCCAGCAGUACCAGGUCCGAGAACAGCAGCAACAGUACACCACCGAGCCCAUACCCAUCAUAAGACAGGAGCAGGUCAUUAACCCCGACGGAUCUUAUAAGUGGAGUUAUGAGACUGGCAAUGGGAUCGCAGCCGAAGAACAGGGCUACGUGAAGAACCAGGGCGUGCCAGAACAGGAGGCGCAGACUGCACAGGGACAGUAUCAGUACACUGCUCCUGACGGACAGGUGAUCCAGCUUCAAUAUUUGGCUGACGAGAAUGGAUUCCAACCACAGGGAGCUCACCUCCCCACCCCACCCCCGAUACCUCCUGAAAUCCAGAAGGCUCUGGAAUAUCUGGCCACUUUACCUCCCAGCAACGAGCGAGCUGAUCACGAUGCCAAAAACAAAGACUUCGGCGUGUUUUACAACAACCGUUCUUGAAUCAAUAAUAGUAAAUUCCGUACCUAUUCAGUUUAAAGAGGCUCAUUAUUACUGUUGAACUGUGUGACAGAAUGUGUAAUAAAUGUAAUUAUAUUAAGGUAGACUACUUACCUAAAUGUAUAAUUUAAGUUUUAUAGAUAAUUAGGUGAGAUAUAGUGGGUAUAUAUAGUCCAUUUUUUAUUACUGAACUUAUGAAAUACAUACCAGUUAUAGUCAUAUAUGUUUUCUUUCAUUUAAUUUGAUUUGUUCAAUUUAAUUCAAGAACUGUAACCUUAAUAUUUUGUGGCCUCCAUGACCUAAAAACGGAGAUAUAUAAUUAUAUCAUUAUAGUAUUUUGUUAACUAGCCACAUAAAUUGUAUUAACUAUCGUCGAUCAGACAAUAGCUGUCAAGUUAAUUGCACUCGAGUAUGUGAAAGUGUUGCCACAUAAAUGAAAAAUAUUUAUACAGAAGUAAAAUAUAUUUUUACAAUUAAAUAUCCAGAUUAAAUAAUAGCUAUAAAAAAAGAGUUUUUUUUAAAACGAAGUCAAAUCUAGGUCAAAAGUUAUAAUGUGGAAAACAAACCUGCACAAUUAAUCUAAGUAUUCAAUAUACCCGUAUUUUAUAUAACAGAAUUACCUAGAAUUAAGUAUUAUUACUAACGGUAGAUCCGUUAGUAAUAAUAUUUAAUUCUAGGUAAGUUCCACCAAUUUUUGUAAGCUGUCUUUACAUUUUCAAGUUGAAAAUUUCAACUUUUUACCCAUUUUGUAAAAAGUCUAUCAGAGGACUGUCUAAUUCUGAUGCUUAUUGUAGAUAAUAGUCUAGUAUAUUUUAACUGUAACUGAAAAACCAACGCUUAAAAGGUAUAUCACAGUAGUGGAGUUCUUAAAAAUCUGGUAGUUGAAUGCAGAGGUUAAAAAUAAUAUUAACUGCGAAAGAUAUCCUACUAAAAUCAUGUGGGUAAUUAAUACUCAUACAUAUAAGUAUUACUUACCCACGAGACUUUCAAAGAUGGCGGUGGAUAUUGGGUGCAAUAUUUUUAUAAUGCAUUGCAGCUUUUAAAUUUCCUCUUUGUAUAAAACUUGUAGAACAAGUAUCUAAACGAUUUUUGUUUUUUUCUUUUCCAUUUAUUCUAGAGUCCUGCCCUCUCGUGCCAAUAAUUUAGUUUAAUUUUUAAAUAAUUGUUUGUUCAUUUCAUUUCUCGCAAUUUAUAAAUUUAGACUUGCAACACAAACGUGUACAUAAUGUGCACAGAAGAGUCAACGAAUCCUUACCCAGUCAUGUGGUGUCAGUCGACCCCGCUUGCUUAACAACCAGUCGGUUCACUUUCACUGGGCCGUGUCAAGGUCGAGCGGCCAUCGCAUCUGCGUAAACUCCAUGACUGCAUUCGUUUACCAUACAUGAAAUAAAUCGAUUGAUUCAAUGAGAUUAUUCUUUUGUCAAUUUGUAUUCGCAAUGAUAUUACCAAUAGCUAAUGAGCUUUUGUUGAAUUAAGUUGUAAUUAAGUUUUUUUUACGAUUUCUUUGUUCCAUAUAACUAAGGCCAAUUUGUUAUUAUUUUAUUUAGUACCUUUGUCUUUUAAAUAGAUAAAUAUUGUUUCAUUGUAUCCAUUUAACAUAAAAGCUUUUUGAGAAACGAAGAAAAUAUAUAUUAUAGAAAUGUAAAAGGUGUAACUCAGGUUAUUUUUAAAGAUGUUACGGUAAAAAUAAUAAAAUUUGUAAUUUGUACAAAGUGGGCUAUUAAAUUUCUUGGUUGUUUUGUAUUUUUUAUAUUUAUGCAACACGCGUACCGUAACAUCGUGGGUUUUCAUGCCUAUUAAUGUUUAUCUUUCUUGUUUGAGUGCAAAUAAUACGCAAUAUUUUAAUUAAAUAAUAAUAUGUCAUGUGUGAUAUAAAU